CAUAGUCAUUUGGGGUUUUGCAAAAAAAAUAUCUGCAGCUCUGCAUGUGAGUAGGCUACAAGUUGGACUAAUAACACAUUUUUUGGGCGCUUUGGAGGAGGAGCUUUCGAAGAGAAAAGCACCACAUCUGUUUCUUGGAUCAUGGUCAUGGAGAACAUGCAGAGGUCUGCGGUUCUGCUCUGUGUCUUGGCUGUGGGACUUGCUUUCUGUGGAAUUUCGUCUGCCUCAGACAGAUAUGUGUCCUCGAAUGAACACCAAACAGACAAUACCACCUUGUCAGCACACCUUCACCCCAAGCUAUACUUUGAUCAGACAGAAUUGCGUUUGAUGAAACAGAGGGCCACCACCACACAUAGAGACAUAUUUAAAGUUAUUCGUAAUGCUGUUUCUGUUAUGUUAUCCAAUGCAGCUGUUUACCAGCCUCCGGUGAGCCAUGAGGAUUUCGGCAACAAAUGGAAUGAGAUUUAUGGUAACAAUUUGCCCCCUCUUGCAUUAUACUGUCUGCUUCAACCUGAGGAUGCUACUGCCUCUCAAUUUUUGAUUGAGUACAUGGAUCGAAUGGUGGAGUAUCCAGAUUGGACAGUGUCCAGUGCACCAAAUGAUGAGGUUCCCAUCGCCCACUCCCUCACUGGAUUUGCCACGGCGUAUGAUUUCAUUUACACCUUUCUUGACACCCACAGAAGAUUGCGAUAUCUCAGGAAAAUACGAUCCGUUACUGAGGAGCUUUUCGAGCUUUCCAAGCACAGAGGAUGGGGAAAGCAGUUUCUACAGAACCACCAGACAACUAAUAUACUAGCCAUUCUCAUUGGCGCUCUUGUGGCAGGGGAACAUAAUGACCCAGAGACCAUGAUAUGGAAGCAAAUAUCAGUGAACUACAUGGAAAAGACCAUGUUCCUUCUCAGCCACAUUGUUGAUGGCUCUCUCGAUGAGGGUGUUGCGUAUGGUAGCUACACAGCAAAAUCCAUUACUCAAUAUGUUUAUCUAGCGUUGCGUCAUUUUCAGAUAGACAACACACAGAACAACUGGCUCAGAGCUCACUUCAUGUUUUACUUUGCUACACUGCUUCCUGGAUUUCAAAGAACGGUUGGCAUUGCAGACUCCAAUUACAACUGGUUCUAUGGGCCAGAGAGCCAGCUUGUAUUUCUGGAUGCAUACGUGAUCCGAAAUGGCUCAGGAAACUGGCUGGCAGAGCAGAUUAGGAAGCAUCGUCCUAAAGAUGGACCCAUGAUGCAAUCAGCAGCCCAACGCUGGGCUACUUUACAUACAGAGUACAUAUGGUAUGACUCUGCUUUAACUCCACAGCCUCCACCUGACUUUAACAAAGCAACUAUGCACAUUUUCUCCAACUGGGGUGUGGUGACAUAUGGGGCAGGGUUACCUCAAGCUCAAGGUAAUACCUUUGUGUCAUUUAAAUCUGGAAAAUUAGGAGGGCGAGCAGUGUAUGAUAUUGUCCAUGCACAACCUUACUCUUGGGUAGAUGGCUGGACGAACUUUAACCCCGGACACGAGCACCCUGAUCAAAACUCCUUUACUUUUGCACCAAAUGGACUGGUGUUUGUUUCUGAGGCCUUGUAUGGUCCUAAAUACAGCUAUCUUAACAAUGUGCUGGUAUUUGCCCCCUCACCCACCAGCCAGUGUAAGCAGCCAUGGGAAGGACAGUUGGGGGAAUGUUCAAAGUGGCUAAGAUGGGGAGAAAAGGAAGUCGGGGAUACUGCUGGGGAGGUCAUCGCGGCUUCAUCACAUCAGGACAUGUUGUUUGUGAGUGGAGAGUCUGUGUCGGCCUAUUCAUCUGCCAUGAAGCUAAAGAGUGUGUAUCGAGCACUUGUGCUUCUCAACUCUCAAACAUUGCUGGUUCUGGACCACAUUGAGAAACACGAGCUCUCCCCUCUCAGUUCUCUCAGUGCGUUUUUUCACAACCUUGACAUUGAUUUCAGGUACGUUCCUCACAGAUCAUUUGGAAAAUACAAUGGGGCUCUGAUGGAUGUGUGGGAUGCACAUUACAAAAUGUUUUGGCUGGACACUCAAGGAUCCAGCCCCGUUGCCAGGAUACAAGAGGCAGAACAGGCUGCUGAAUUCAAAAAGAGAUGGACGCAGUACAUAAACGUGACCUUUCCCAUGGAGAACACUGUCACUAGAGUGGCUUAUUUGAUGCAUGGCCCAUACGUCAAGGUCUCGGACUGUAGAUUCAUAGACAACAGUAAAAAUGGAGUCAAAAUAUCAGUGACUCUUAAUGACACGGAGACUGUUGUGUCAGUUGUAACAAACUACGAAGACAUUGAAGCCAGACAUGGCUACUUGGGCUUUGCAGGCUUUGCUAAAACAGAAGACAACAGAAGAAUAGUUCGGUUUGGCCGGGGAAUUCAAACCUUGCCAAGUCAAGUCACAAAAGAUUUUGUGUUUGACUUUGGAUUGGUUGUAAACAUCUCUGCGGUGUUGACUUUAUGUUUUGCUUUAGCUUUUGUAAUGAAAAAAAGGAAGUUUCAUGUGUCGUUCAAUAUGCUAAUUCAUUGCACUCUGGUCUGUGUGUUGUUUUUGUGGGUGACUGAACUUUUGUCUCUGUUUUAUGGCUGUGAACAGCUCUUGUGCAAUGUUAAGUCAAAAGACAGCAGCAUAUAUGAUGGAACAGACUCUAGCGUCCAUGACCUCCUCCCCAUCAUCACGAUUACAUCCAUGCCGGGCUCAGGCGCAGAGAUCCUUCAGCACCUUUUCGAUAAUAGCUCUGACUUUGUAUACCUUCGGAUCCCUUCAACCUACCUGCGGUUCCCCAUAUCUCCUUUCGUCUCUCUGGUGGACGCUUGCGAGUGGUCCAAAGCAGAUGCGCAAAAUGGACGAUUUCGAGUCAUUCAGGGAUGGUUCCAUUCCAUAGUCCACAAUGUAAAACUGCACCUGCAAAACAUUCAGUUGCACCAGAGCAACGAUGAAGCAGAGAACAAAGUCAAAGAAAAAGGACAAAGAAAGAGAAGGAUGCUGCUGUCUGAGCAAACAAGGACAGGGGGCGGCAAGGGUACCCAUAUGGACAUUGCAUACAUACAAGAGCUCAGGCAGCACCUGGUGAAGUACCCAAAUGCCCGGCCAGUGCUGAACAUGGGCAGUGGAGGCUGGUUCUUGAAGCUGCCGUAUCUUCAAGAGGUCAUAGGUCACUCACUUCGCUCAGUUCAUUUGGUCAGAGACCCACGUGCAUGGAUUUAUCUAAUGCUCUACAGCAGCAAGCCAAGCCUGUACUUACGUAAGAAUAUUAAAAGGCACAUUGUCAACAUUUUUAAGCAAAACAUUGAUGGUGUGGAUCAGGGUUGUGCUAUAGUGGACUCACAGUUCCUUUCUUUAAAGAAGAUCCUCUCCCAGCCAGAUCCCAACCCUGUACGGCUACUAGCUCAGCUAUGGCUGGCUCACAAUUCAGCAGGGCUCAAGGUGAGCGCAAGCCUUCCCCCACAAACAUACCUUAUAGUCAAAUUUGAAGACGUUGUAUAUUUUCCUGAAGAGACAGCGAGAAAGAUACAUAACUUUCUUGGAAUACCAGUUGCACCAGCUGCAUUAAACCAGCUGACAUUUGCCACAUCUACAAAUCUGUAUAAUCUGAUAUAUGAAGGAGAUAUAUCACCUGCCAAAAUCAACACGUGGAAGGAGAAUAUGGUUUCAGAUGAGAUUAAACUCAUUGAGGACACAUGCUGGCCUGUGAUGGAGAGGCUGGGUUAUAAAAGACAUACAGUCAGUCAUUCUUUUUUGUAAAUGUUUUUGCAUUU